ACACACACACAAUCACACACACACAAAAAAGGUGUCAGUUGUUUUAGUCAGGACGGCGCUGGGGGGUCACGCAUGAGAACACGCACUGCGGCGGUGGCGACAUGGUGAUGGGAAGAGGCGUCUGUGGCUUGGGGAAUCCACACCUAACCACCACCUGAGGAUGUUAAAAUGUCAGUUCAAGGCCCUUCGCUGUGUGGCUUACUAUUAUUCUUCAUGUCCUUACGGAGCACCCUGACGCCAGCCUCCAGUCAUCCACCACAUCAUCCGUGCCGCCUGACACAAAGGACAGCUCUCUGCAACAAUAGCAACCUGACGUCUGUUCCUGCGGGACUACCCGGCAGCACCGAGGAGCUUCAUCUCAAUUUUAAUCUCAUUAAGACACUACAGGGCAAUUGUCUUCAAUACCCCUCACUCACUACCCUCAGUUUAGCCUGCAAUAAUCUGGAGACAUUAAAGCGGAACACUUUUCAGCACUCCCAAUUGUUAAAAAGUCUCAAUUUUGCCAAUAAUAAUCUGUACGUCAGCUUCGAAGAAACCAGCAAUGCUCUAAAGAUGCUACCCGAGCUCAAAUCCUUAGAUCUGUCAGAGAAUAAGAUAGAUGAAGACAUGGCUGCAGUUCUUCUUCAAAAUCUGACAUCUCUGGAGUACCUAAAUCUUUCCGGAAACCUCUUGCAACGCAUCGAUGAGACCUCGUUUAGGGAUCUUCACCUACUCAAAGAGCUGGACCUGCAGAGGAACCUCCUGUUUGAGAUCGACAACGCCUUUGACAACACUCCCAAACUACAACGGCUCAAUUUGGCCAUCAAUCUCCUGCCCUGCCUGACCGACUUCCACAUGACCCAGCUGGUGGUUCUCAACGCCAGCCACAACUUCAUCGAGUGGUUCAUCUCCAGGCAGGACGUCAAUGACACCUUCCAAAUAGAGACGCUCGAUCUGUCCGAUAACAAACUGCUAUUUUUUCCUUUCUUACCCAACGUGAGCCGCUUGAGAAAUCUUUACCUGUCCUACAACAGCCUGAGUUUCUACGAGCACCUGGAGGACGACGUCACCUACCCAAACCUGACCGCGACGGUGGAAUUCUACAACACGAUGAGGAACACUACGAACAUAACAGCUCGGCUGUGGGAUGACAACCUUCACGGGGACAUCUCCUCGGUCCAGAUGUUAGACCUGCGAGGGAAUCGGUUGCGGUACUUCCCGCGAGGAUUCAUCCGGAAAAUGCCAUUCCUGUCUCGACUCCGGUUGAGUUCAAACUGUCUGGAGAGUUUGAAUCUGACUUUGGAGCAGUUCUCUGGGAGCUUGUUUGAGUUGGAUGUUAGCAACAACCGCCUGAAGGAGAUUGUGACCAACGACGUUACACUGGGAACUCUCAGCAAUCUCACAUACCUCAACCUCAGCCUCAAUGAUCUUGACUGCGGAUCUUCUGGACUAUUCUUUGCAUUGUCAAGCCUGGGAUCAGUGGACCUGAGUUACAACAACAUCGGCACGUGUCUUCCUGACGGGGCCGAGGCCAGCUCAGGCUCCAACACAGCGUCUGUGGACUGGAAAACAACCGUGUCCUUAAGGCGGCUUUACUUAAAGGGAUGCAAGCUCGGAAAAAUUCCUCCGUCGGCAUUCUCCGGCAUGUCUCUCACACAUUUAGACCUGUCCGACAACCCUCAGCUAAGUAGCCAACGGUCCAUACAAAGUUUGAGCGGCACGUUACAGCACUUAGGUCUGGGAAACACGCACAUCGGGGACUUGGACUUCUCAGAUUUUCGAAAUCUGGAAUCUCUGAAUAUUUCUUGCAAUUCCCUCUCCCGUAUUCCCGCCUCGGUCGUAAAGCUGGACCUAAAACUGCUUGACUUGAGGGACAACAAGCUGUCUACUAUCCCCUCGGCUCAGGCCAAGACAUUAGCUUCGAAACUUCACACUGUUUUCCUCACGGGAAAUCCAUUCAACUGCUGCCAAACGGAAUGGUUUCGGACAUUUGAAAGAACAAAGACGAUCCACGUGGUGGGACAGUCAGACAUUGAGUGUACAGAUCUCUUUCGAAUCCACAGCAUCCUACAUUCCCGGAUGUUUCUAUGUCAAGAGGAAACCGGGGAAUCUAUGUUUUGGUAUAUUGUCCUUUUUGUUCCCAUUUGUGUUUCUUUACUGGGCAUUUUAUUGAUUGUUUUCCUUACUGUGAAGCCCAAAGUAAUACACAAGUCGAUCAAAAAGAAAUGUUUCAAGCCGACACCCUAUUGACCCCGGAAAACAAACCGCAGUUCUGUCGGCACUGACUGAGAGGGCACUCUUUUGCAUUUUACAGUUGUUUUUUCCUACACCACAAUAAGGCGAAACCUUGUUCAGAGUAAAACUAAACAAGACUCGUUUCACAACAUUUCUAAUUGGAUUGGGGCUAAACUCAAAAUAGAAAAAGGUUAGCAUUUACUUAGCAUGUCAUACAAGAUUGUAGGGGUGCUCAAAAAAGUGUAUUCAAAUUUGACUCGCACUUAGUUCUAAAUUGGUUCCUAAUGUUCAAAAAACAAUAAAAAAAAUGCAUAAAUACUAUAUAUAGUACAGGCCAAAAGUUUGGACCCACGUUCUCGUUCAAUGCGUUUUCUUUAUUUUCAUGACUAUUUACUAGAGAUGUCCGAUACUAUCGAGCUGCCGGCCGAAAAAUGCUCUAAAAUAUAAUAUCGGAAAUUAUUGGUAUUGGUUUCAAAAAGUAAUAUUUAUAACUUUUUAAAACGGUACAUGGAUGUAGGGAGAAGUACAGAGCGCCAAUAAACAAAGGCACGGCCUUUACGUAUCCAAUCACACAAUAACUACGGCUUUUCACACACACAAGUGAAUGCAAUGCAUACUUGGUCAACAGCCAUACAGGUCACACUGAGGGUGGCCGUGUAAACAACUUUAACACGGUUAGAAAAUAUGCGCCAUACUGUGAACCCACACCAAUAUAGCUCAGUUGGUAGGGCGGCCGUGCCAGCAACUUGAGGGUUGCAGGUUCGAUUCCCGCUUCUGCCAUCCUAGUCACUGCCGUUGUGUCCUUGGGCAAGACACUUUACCCACCUGCUCCCAGUGCCACCCACACUGGUUUAAAAAUGUAACUUAGAUAUUGGGUUUCACUAUGUAAAAAGCGCUUUGAGUCACUAGAGAAAAGCGCUAUGUAAAUAUAAUUCACAAACAAGAAUGACAAACACAUUUCGGCAGAACAUCCGCACCGUAACACAACAGAACAAAUACCCAGAAGCCCUUGCAGCCAUAACUCUCCUGGGACGCUACAAAACACCCCCCCCCGCUACCCUCUACCCCGCCCACCUCAACCUCCUCAUGCUCUUUUAGGGAGAGCAUGUCCCAAAUUCCAAGCUGCUGUUUUGAGGCAUGUAAAAAAAAAUAACGCACUUUGUGACGUCAAUAAUAAGGCAUUUUUUUCCAUAACUUGAGUUGAUUUAUUUUGGAAAACCUUGUUACAUUGUUUAAGGCAUCACAACAAAAUUAGGCAUAAUAAUGAGUUCAUUCCACGACUGUGUAUAUCGGUAUCGGUAAUUAAGAGUUGGACAAUAUCGGAAAUCGGCAAAAAAGCCAUUAUCGGACAUCGUAGAUUGUCACUGAAGGCAUCAAACGAUGAAUGAACACAUGAGGAGUUAUGUACUUAACAAAAAAAAAGGUGCAAUAACUGAAAACAUAUUUUAUAUUCUACUUUCUUCAAAAUAGCCACCUUUUGCUCUGACUUCUGCUUUGCACACUCUUGGCAUUCUCUACAUGAGCUUCAAGAGGGAGUCACCUGAAAUGGUUUUUACUUCAUUGUUGUGAUGCCUUCAGGGACACUCUACAAUGUAAAUAGUCUUAAAAAUAAAAGAAUCACAUUGGAAUGAGAAGGUGAGUCUAAACUUCUAGAACAGGGGUAGGGAACCUAUGGCUCUAGAGCCAGAUGUGGCUCUUUUGAUGACUGCAUCUGGCUCUCUGAUAAAUCUUAGCUGACAUUGCUUAACACGAUAAUUAUUAAUAAUUUCGCUGGUAAUCACAGUGCUAAAAAUAACGUGCAAAAUAUAAAACAUUCUCAUGCAUUUAAAUCCAUCCAUCCGUUUUCUACCGCACCUGUUCAAGAAGUCGCAUUAAUGGUAAGAAGUAUUUUAUGUCACGAUGGGUGGGUGGGUCGCAGCUUCCUGCAGGGUCGUUCUCCCAGGAAGGCAGACGGACUACUCGGGACAUGGCAUUUAGGUAAAAACAUGAUUUAAUUUUAACUAAAAAAAGAUACAAACAAAAAUCGCUCACAGUGGAAGCACAACUUGGGCGAAGAAACUAAGCUAACGCAUAAACAGACUAUGAACAUAAAUCAAACAAAACUUACUUGGCAUGGCAUGAAGCACGAAACUAUGGCAAGGCAUGAAAAAAGUCAGCACAGGGCGACUGACUGGCAAAGACGAGCUUAAAUACUGCCUCUGAAUAGCGCUCGGAAGCAGGUGAGCGGGCAUUUUGUCCACCAGAGCCAGGUGGACAAAAUAAGUAACCAAGGAAACCAGACAAGGGAGUGGAAAAAAACAGGAACUUAAAGAGUCCAAAGGACAAACAGCACAUGGCCAAACAAAAACAUGAUCAACAGACAUGACAUUUGAUUUAUUAUUGGUUAGCUUCAGAAUAACAAUGUUAUUAAAAAGAAUAAGAGACUUAUUAUACUCUAAAAAUGUUGGUCUUACUUAAAAAUGCACACAUUUAGUUGUAUUCAGUGUUAAAAAAUAUGAUACGGCUCUCACGGAAAUACAUUUUGAAAUAUUUGGCUUUCAUGGCUCUCUCAGCCAAAAAGGUUCCCGACCCCUGGCAUAGCCUGUACUGUAUGUUUAGGGGUCUAUUUUCAAAACAAUGUUUUCAGGCCACCUCAGAGCUUAUUUUGUGUAGACGUCAGCAGUCAAGGAGCUUUUGUAACAUGUAAGGUUUUGUUAUUUUUAUACAAAAUAAUUAAAUGUGAUCGGUUCGCAGCCGAGUGUGAAGCGGCCGGAAUGAGAAUCAGCACCUCCAAAUCCGAGUCCAUGGUUCACGCCCGGAAAAGGGUGGAGUGCCAUCUCCGGGUUGGGGAGGAGACCCUGCCCCAAGUGGAGGAGUUCAAGUACCUAGGAGUCUUGUUCACGAGUGGGGGAAGAGUGGAUCGUGAGAUCGACAGGCGGAUCGGUGCGGCGUCUUCAGUAAUGCGGACGUUGUAUUGAUCCGUUGUGGUGAAGAAGGAGCUGAGCCGGAAGGCAAAGCGCUCAAUUUACCGGUCGAUCUACGUUCCGAUCCUCACCUAUGGUCAUGAGCUUUGGGUCAUGACCGAAAGGAUAAGAUCACGGGUACAAGCGGCCCAAAUGAGUUUCCAGGUCUCUGCCUUAGAGAUAGGGUGAGAAGCUCUGUCAUCCGGGAGGAACUCAAAGUAAAGCCGCUGCUCCUCCACAUCGAGAGGAGCCAGAUGAGGUGGUUCGGGCAUCUGGUCAGGAGGCCACCCGAACGCCUCCCGAGGGAGGUGUUUAGGGCACGUCCAACCGGUAGGAGGCCACGGGGAAGACCCAGGACACGUUUGGAAGACUAUGUCCUGGGCACGCCUCGGGAUCCCCCGGGAAGAGCUAGACGAAGUGGCUGGGGAGAGGGAAGUCUGGGCUUCCCUGCUUAGGCUGCUGCCCCCGCGACCCGACCUCGGAUAAGCGGAAGAAGAUGGAUGGAUGGAUGGAUAAUUAAAUGUGAGAACCGCAGUGAAUUAAGAACUGUGUUGAAUCGAAUCAUUACCUUAAGAAUCGGAAUCGAAUCAUGAGCUGUAAGAAGAGUCCCAUCACUUUUCGAUUGGUUUUACAACCAAAUCCUUGAAAUUUUUCUGGAUGCGGUCCUGGGUAGAAAAAUUGUGAUAUUUUGGAUACUGACAACUACAUCUGUGACUGUCAAGAAUAAAACUUUGUGGAAGUA